GGGAGGAGCGGAAGUUGAGGAAGUCGUGUAAUAGAUCGGGGAAUGAAGAGCCCGUGUUUGUUCUAACGGUGUGCCGCUCAAGAGUCCAGGAAGCGUCAAUAAAACCAUCCUGAUACUAAACACACACACACUCACUCGCGCGCACUUAUCAGGACUGUGACUCGAUCAGUACACUUUUGCAUUAUGCAUUCGGACUGCAGGCUGCUGGGAUGGACGCGUCGGUAAUGGUGGGCAGAGGGGCCGGAGGGGCUGCGGUCUUCAUCCUGAUCGUCUUCAUCCUUCUCCUUGGUGCCAGAAGCUCGCGGGCGCAGAAGGGGGACGGCUGUGGACACACAGUGCUGGGUGUGGGCAGUGGAAGCCUGGCAUCUCUGGGGUACCCUCUGUCCUAUCCCUCAAACUGUGUAUGUGAAUGGGAGAUCAGCGUGACCACUGGACACACAAUCAUUGUGCGCAUUGCGGAUCUUGACAUAGACACAAACAACUGCCAAGUGUCUUACCUACGACUCUAUAAUGGCCACGGACCAGGGCGAAUGGAAAUUGUAAAGUUUUGUGGAGGGAGAGAAUGGAGAGACGCUGUCAUACAGUCUGAGGGGCAUCAGGUCACGGUGCAAUUCAUGAGUGGACCACACAACAACGGCCGUGGCCUCUUCCUCUCCUACACUAAAAGCCAGCACAAGGACCUCAUCACCUGUCUGGAAAAAGGAAACCACUUCAGUGAAGCGGAGUUCAGUAAAUUCUGUCCUGCUGGAUGCCUGACUGAUUUCGGAGAGGUUUCGGGAACCAUACCGCAUGGAUACAGAGAUUCUUCUCCUAUCUGUCUGGCCGGUAUUCAUGCGGGUGUGGUCUCCAACACUCUGGGGGGGCAAAUCAGUGUGGUCAGCAGCAAAGGCAUCCCACACUACGAAAGCUCACUGGCCAACAAUGUGACAUCUGUGCCUGGAAAUCUCUCCCCCAGCCUUUUUACUUUCAAGACUAGCGGUUGCUAUGGCACUUUGGGAUUGGAGUCAGGGGUGGUCAGUGAUUUUCAGAUCACAGCCUCCUCAGAGUGGGAAUGGGGCGGUCACGGAAAGGAGCCCACUGUCUGGGGCCCCACAGGGGCUCGCCUCAAAUCACCGGGACGUCCGUGGGCAGCAGCCAACAGCGACACAAAAGAAUGGAUUCAAGUGGACUUGAAGAAAGAAAAAAAAAUAACAGGUAUAACCACCACUGGCUCCAGCCUCCAAGAAUAUCAGUUUUACAUUUCAGCCUAUGAGGUGUUUUAUAGCCAUGAUGGACAGCAGUGGAAACCCUAUCAAGAAGUGGGAUCAGAUAAAAACAAGAUUUUCCAAGGCAACACCAACUAUCUCCAUGAAGUGCGGAACAACUUUAUUCCUCCAAUUGAAGCACGCUUUAUCAGAAUAUGUCCCUUGCAGUGGCACCAAAGGAUCGCCCUUAAAAUGGAGCUGCUGGGCUGCCAACCUCAUGCCGCGAGGCCAAGAAUCUUCCAUUCAGCUCCUCCUCCCCCUCGCAGAAAAAGCACAGUGCCCCCCCUACAGGAGAGGACGACACACACACCCAACAUCCGAAACACCACCAUGCCUCCGCACUCUCACGAUGAAGUGGCGCUGGUGGCAGUGUUGGUUCCUGUAUUGGUGGUGGUCCUGACAACCCUGGUGUUAGUGAUGGUGUGCUCAUGGCUGUGGAAGAACAGAAAAAGCCCAGAGGUGACUUACGAACUUCCACACUGGGAGCGCACAGUGUGGUGGAAGAGUAUGAAACAGUUGCUGCCCUCUAAGUUGGAUGGAGAAGACUGUGUUCGUUACAGUACCACGGCACGAGUAGACCACCAGAGACCCCGGGUGGUGCCUGCAGAAUAUGCCCAACCGCUUGUCACCGGUACUAUGGCCUCUCUUGGACAAAGGUCAACGUUUAAGCCCGAAGAGGCUGGUGGCCCCGAGUAUGAUGCACCUAUUCCCCCGGAACAUUACCAUGCUUACGCUGAGCCCCUUCCUGCUUCUGGCACUGAAUACGCUACGCCAAUCAUGAUUGACAGGGCUAACCACCUAUCAGGAGGCACUCUACCAUUCAGGGCGCGUAGUUUAGUGGCUCGGACAGACAGCAGCCAAUCAGCAAGCUCAGCCUAUGACACACCCAAGAGCACAUCUGAUCAAGCCACACCCACAGAGGGACAGUUGUACCAAGUGCCACAGAAUAGCCACAGUGCACAGUCUCAGAACAAAGACUGACCAAUCACAAAAGGGCGGACCCAUUUGGAAACCCUGGGCUGAACACUACCUUUCCCAGAAAUCUGCAGAUCAGAUCAGAAUGUGCCGUCUCAAAUUGUACACCGUGUAAGUCCUAUCACUGAAAUAACACACAGGAAUGUCAGGAGAGAGAGAACAGCAGAGAUAUCGUUACACUACUGUGUUCUGUAAGUGUUGUGUGUGUUCAUACGUCUAAAUGUGUGUGUACGAGUGCAUAUAUGUGACUGUGCUCUGCUAUCAAACUGUGAGUCCUUAGAUAUCUGUGCAUUUUUUCUGAGAGCGGAGAUGUAUUCAUCUUGAUUGCUCAUUGUAAGGCACAUUUUUCCCUUUAGGCAAAGAUAUAUUCCGCCCUCACAGAAUAAUGAUCACAUUUAAAAUUAAUAGACAAACACUCUUAUAACACUGUGAUUCAUUUUGCACUGUUGUAUUGUAUUCUGAUGUUACAUAGGUGCCUUCUUUGUGACAUAGCUACACAGGCCUGUGCUGCUUCCUCUAGUUCUGUUCCAAAACCUAGUGAGUAAACUUGCCUACAUAGACAUCUGCCUUAACAAUGCAGCAUACUAACUUAUAGGGGUGUAUAUCUGGCAUUGAUUUUCUUAGCCAAAGAUACAAUAUUUGCCCGUACCUUAAAACAUGCCUUGACUUGGAUAGUUUAAUAGAUACAGGGGUCGGCGAUCAAUAUAUCAAUAUUAUGAUGUUACGUGUCCAUUUUUUUUUCUUUUUUUUACUCACAAAUCCAGUCAAAAUAUAACAUGAACAUAUAAUUAAAAUCUCUGAAAAUUGCAAUUCCUGUAUCUUCGACAAAAAAAUCAAGUCGCACAUGUCAAGAACAUCAGUAAUCUAAUGACAGCAAUGACAACAGUCAAAGAAGUGUUUCAGUCUUCUGUGCAAAUCUAGUGUCCCCAUUAAGAAAUACAUCCAAAUUAGGUACUCUGUUGUUGAAACAAUAUAUUUAUACAGAAAAAUAAAUGUAUUUUAUAUAUAAACAAAUGUCAAAAAUACGGUUAAAGCUUAAAAUAUUUGAUUAAAGCUCAAGUGACAAUUUGAUGUCUUAUUAUCACAAACAGUUUUUCUAGUAAACAUUUAGAUAUUUCAAAAAUAUAUAGCUUUAACAUUGCAUUGAUGCACCAUAUCUUAAGUAACUGAUUUAAAGCUUGAAUACACAACUUUUGUCCUGAAUUUUGCCCCAAUUUACAAUCUGGAAAAAUCAAUGCUUGUUGCCGAAAAAGUCAGAGUCAGUCUACAAAUUUGAAGUGACUGAUUUCACAUAAAAUUGUGUAGUUUAUGAUGACCACAAACUCCCAAUGGUGCCCAGUUUUUCCUCUGUAACCAAAGUCUGCAAAUGUGUGAUGCCUAGUGUUAAAGAUCUUGUAGUGUAUUCCAGCCAUUAUAUGGAAACUUAGGGGUAACUAUUUUGGAAUGCUUUAGAAUGGUUAGCAUGUUGCUAAGCUAACUCCUAAGCAGUCUAAUAAGCACAAAAAUAAAUUUUACACACAAAUAUUGGGCAAAAUAGUCAGUUUUUACAUACAUUUAACUAGUUAGGCUAUAGACAGUUUUCAUUAUUGAAUGAUGUGGUUAUUUAUAAUUAUCAAGAUAUUUGUUACAACUUGUCAGCCAUCUUGGAUGAACUUUUUUUACUGAACUCACUGCAAUGUGCACUG